AUGAGAAUUCCCGAAUGUGCUGCAAAAGUGGGAGAAUGUGAUGAGAGUAAGGGACGUCCGGUUUGUGGCACAGAUGGUCAAACAUAUCCCACCCGUUGUCACUUAUUAAGAGUACAAUGUAGUGGUCAUCAAGUAAGCAUUAGAUAUCGAGGGCUGUGUAAAGCCUGCAAUGUAGCCCGUGAAUAUGCUCUUAAGCAUCGCACCAAAAAUCCUCUUAAAUUUAUUCCACGUUGUAAAAAGGAUGGUACUUAUGCUCCCAUACAAUGUCUCACGAAUAGUGGUUGCUGGUGCAGUGAUAUUACGGGGACACCUAUUGAUAAUACCACGGUACGUACAGUGGGCCGUCUCAAAUGCCGUGAGUUUACUAAGGCCUACACCCGACGUUCACCAUCACGCAAUGCAAGUGGCAAUAAGAAAAGAUCUUGCAGUCAAGAUGAUCGUGCCACGUUUAAUACAAAUCUUAUAGGGCUCUUUCAUAGUGAAUACUUAAGGGUGGGAUUUCAAUUAAAUAAGAAUCGUAAAACGGAUGCCUUGGUGCCAACACUGGAUGAGACAGAGGUUCUUAAUUGGAAAUUUAGCGAUUUGGAUGUGAAUAACAAUCAAAUGUUGGAUAAAAAUGAAUUUCGUGAAUUGAAGAAACUUGUCAAGAGGGCUGUGAAACCCAGACGUUGUGGACGUGCUUUUGGCAAAUUUUGUGAUGUUGACAGUGAUGCACGUUUAUCACGUCUAGAAUGGAAUAAUUGUCUAUCCAAAGAUGGUAUUAACAGACAUUUAAUAAAUAUGGGUCAGAAACAUAAUAACACAAAAAAACAUCGUAAAAAUAAUCACCAUCUCUUACACACCAACACGGCCUAUCGUCAUUCGUCCGCCUCUGCCUCUGCCUCCUCCACUAACCAACACCAAAACCAACACUCUAUCCAAGACAACAACCAUUCACAUCUCGAUCACAAUCAAAAUUCGAAUCCUAAUCCAAAUCAUUUUAACAUACUACAUCAUAACAAUAAUAAUCAUCAAAAUCGUUUACGUCCAGAUUCUUAUGAAAAUGAAAGUAAUCCAGCCGAUGAUGAGGAUGACGAUGAUAAUAGUAGUCAUACAGCGGAUUAUACUGAUGAUUAUGAGGAUGUUGAUGAUGAUCAUAUGGCGUCAAUCAAUUCACCUACAAAAUUUCCAUCUAUCAAUAGGAAUCUUUUUCUAGUUUUAAGCACCAGCGCUAGCGUCAACACCAAGAGCAAGGAUAAUGAACCAGAUUACGCGGCAUGUUUUGCCGAUCGUAAAGAUGCUCUUACACAAAAUGAGGAGAAUUUAAAGAAUGGUAAAAAAGUUGGUCAUGUUCCGAUUUGUACGCCGGAUGGUCGUUUCCAGCGUGUGCAAUGUUAUAACUCAAUAUGUUGGUGUGCUGAUGAGGAAACGGGUGAAACUUUAAAUGGUACUAGCGUUAAAAAUCGUGUGCCUCAAUGUGGUGCCGUGACACGAGCUAUGAAGGGUUGUCCUAAUGAGGUUAAAGUAGUUUUUCUUAAAGAUCUCAAAGAAUUUUUGAAAACCAAAAUAAUUGCUGGCUCAAAUGAGGGAACAAAUACAACUCAGUGGAAAUCAGAAGAUGAGCGUAUCGCUACCUUAAGUUUUGUGAUAUUGGAUAAGAAUAAAAAUAAGUCUUGGGAAAGGAAGGAAUGGAAAACAUUUAGAGAAUUAGUAACUAAUAAUAGAACUUUGCGACGAUGUGGUCGCAAAAUGCCAAGAUAUUGUGAUGUUAAUAGUGAUAAGAAAGUUACCUUAAGCGAAUGGCUAAGUUGUCUACAAACUCAUAGAGUAGAACAAAAUACACAACCCGAUUUUAAACCACCCAUUCAUAUGUUAUCAAACGAUACAACUUUUGCAAAACCACCCAAACUCAAUGGAACGAAUCCCUUGACAAUAUAUCUAACUUAGAGGCGUAAAUGAUUUGAAAACGUUUUAACUUCAAAACGAAUAAAAUUCUAUGAGAAUAUAAUUUUUGAAUUAAAAAAAACUUUAAAUUAAAGGUUUAUUUCAAAACUACUUUAUACAUAUUUAAAUAAUUAGUUUCCUUUUUGAAAUCUGUUAAACAUGUAUUUCGAUUUAAAAUCGUUAGUAGUUCUUUUACGUUUUUCUAAGUUUCUAUAUUUUUUAAUUGUUAAAAAGUGCCAUGUUGCAAGUUAUUUUUAUAAAAAUUUUUCUUUUUUUGAUUAACAUUUUAGUUUUAUGUAUAAAAUAAGUGAAACUAUUAUUAACUGAGAUUAUUAAGUUGGAAACUUAAUUUAAUUUUAUUCAGUUUAUUUGUAUGUGUGUGUUUUUUUUCUCAAUUUACUCUUGAAAUUGUUUUUUUG